AUGUCCACCGACAGGUCACAGCUCACCUCGCGCAUUCCUCCCCUAAUGCAACUCAGCACUGGCUCGCCCUCGUCCAAAACCGCACCACCCCCAGUCUCGCUGGACACUACACCAUCCGAACGAGCCAGGCAACGCUUCGCUAUCACCGGAAAUGCCAUAGUUACCGGCGGUGCAGGGGGCAUAGGCUCGGUUUCUUGUCGCGCCCUAUUAGAACAUGGUUUGAAAGGCCUCGCUAUCUUCGACCUACACCCGGAUGAAGCCCAGAGAACCAUCGCGAAACUCCAGCCUGACUUUCCUGAGGCAUCUAUAACAUUCUACAAAGUAGACAUCACGAACGCGGACUCGGUCACGGAGGCUGUCACUAGUGUCCACGAUUCCCUCGGGUCCAUCGACGUAAUGGUCUGCUUCGCCGGGAUCGCGGGGUCAGUACACGCCUUGGAUAUGAGCCCACAGGAAUGGAACAAUAUGCUCCAGGUUAAUACGACGGGGGCUUUCCUGUGUGCCCAGGCCGCUGCGAAGUACAUGAGCCACGGGAAUGGAGGCAGUAUUAUCCUGACAUCGAGUAUAUCCGGCCACGUCGUCAAUUUCCCUCAGCCUCAGGUUCAUUAUAAUGCGGCGAAAGCUGCUAUUCUAUCUAUGAAGUCUUCGCUAGCGGCUGAGUGGGCUAGAUAUGGUAUUCGGGUUAAUAGUGUCAGUCCUGGAUAUAUGGAUACGAUUCUGAAUGAGGGGGAGGGACUCGAAGUGUUGCGGCAGGAGUGGGCGAAGCGGAAUCCGUACGGGCGCAUGGGCCAGCCGGAGGAAUUGACUGGGCCUGUUAUUUUGCUGGCGAGCAGGGCUGGGAGUUAUAUCACUGGUGCUGAUAUUCUUGUUGACGGUGGCAUUACUGUGUUUUGA